GCAAGUCAUUUUCCAAGGUCAAACUGAAGAAAACUGAGCCAUAACAAAGUUUCUUAAAUGCCGGCAACAAAACGAUUCCGGGAUCCAGAAAACUAGAGCCACAAUUACCUUCCAAGAGAUAUGGCGAGCAUUCCGGAAGUGGCCCUGAGCUCAGGUUACCGUUCCAUUCCCCUGGUCGGCAUGGGCACCGGCGGCUUCCCUGUGCCCGAGGACGCGAGGCUCGCCGUCCUCCAUGCCAUCGAGCUCGGCUACCGCCACUUCGACACCGCCUCCGUCUACCAAUCCGAGCAGCCGCUCGGAGAAGCCAUCGCCGAAGCCUUGCAACGCGGCCUCAUCAAGUCUCGGAGCGAGCUCUUCGUCACCUCCAAGCUGUGGUGCAGCGAGGCCCACCCUGACCUCGUCCUCCCCUCCCUUCAGAGGAGCCUCCGAAAUCUUCAAUUGGAUUACCUCGAUCUCUAUCUCAUCCAUUGGCCUAUGUGCUUAAAGCCUGGGGUAUAUAAUUUCCCUAUAAACGAGGAAGACAUUCUUCCCUUUGACUUGAAGUCUGUAUGGGAAGCCAUGGAGAAGUGCCAAAAGCUUGGUUUAGUAAAGUCACUUGGGGUUAGCAAUUUCUCAGGAAAGAAACUAGAAGAAUUGCUUGGGUUUGCUGAAAUUUCUCCAGCUGUGAACCAGGUGGAGAUCAAUCCACUUUGGCAGCAGAAGAAAUUGAGGAAAUUCUGCGAUGAUAGGGGUAUUCAUGUGACUGCUUACUCUCCUAUAGGAGGCCAAUCUUUCCAAGGAAGCAAGAACGUUGUGAUGGAGUCAGAGGUGCUCAAAGAGAUAGCUAAGGCUAAGGGAAAGACUCUGGCUCAGGUUUCCCUAAGAUGGGUAUAUGAGCAAGGAGUGAGCAUGCUAGUCAAAAGCCGCAACAAGGAAAGGCUCAAGGAAAAUCUCGAGAUCUUCGACUGGGAGUUAAGUGAUGAAGAACGUCAAAAAAUCAGUCAAAUUCCACAAAGUAAGAAAUAUCCCUUACAGCUAGUGCUCUCCCAUGGAGGGUCUAUCAGAUCUCCUGACCUUUCAGAUAUUGAGUGAUAAAACUCAGGUUGAGCAUAUGAAUAAAAAGGUUCCUCUUUUGUUGAUUAUUGAUCCAAGAAGUUAUGUAGACAAAAGGAGGCAAGCUAGAAAACAGCAAAUUAUAAAUCCAUGGAUUACCAGCAGAAGUUGCAUGUGGCCAAAAGCUCUAGGAGUUUAGCUUUCAGCCUGAACUUUAAUAAGCUCUAGCCCAAAUGGAAUGUGUUAGUACGCUUGGAAUGUUUAGAGAAUGCUGAUGUAUGAGCAUGCCCUUAAUUUGCUUUUUUACAAGUUCACUAGCAUGUAAUUCAAUAAUUUUCUCCGAGUGUCGAGUAACCUUGAAAAUAUAAAAUGAUAAGAGUAUUUGUUUGUCGGAAAAGCAAGUAGCUUCAUCAUGAGGUUGUUUUUA